AUGCUAACUUCCUCUACCCCAAUAGUCGAAGAAACCGCACCCGGCCAUCUUCAUUCACCUAACAUUCCAGGGAUGCGUUUUGCCUGUGUCAACUUGGUUAGUCGCGUUUGUUUUGCUUUUGACACAUGCUCAGCUUCGCCAGGGUCUUUCACUUAAGGGGUCAUCCGCCGCGCGCCUGUUGAAGGUAAUCAGUUUCAGGGCACUUCCCUAACCCCAUUUUCCUCAGGCCAAGUGGUUUUCAACCUCUCCAAAUAGGGUUGUUACUUUCCUCCCUGGCGAUGGAGUUGGUCCCGAACUUUUCAUGGCAGUAAAGUACCUUUUCAAGGAAACCGGUAUCCCUGUAACCUUUGAAGAACUACGUUUUAGGUAGGCGUGAGUCAUCUUUCCAAGCUUUCCUUGUUUAGCGAACUACCCGGUCGGGAAACAGACAAUUUCGAUGAAGUUGUUGCCUCCAUUGCUAGGAACAAGGUGUGUCUUAAGGGCAUUGUUAAGGAACCCGUUGGAGAAAGUGUGUCCGAAACCUUGGUCAUCAGGUUAAGGUGAGUUAUUAGCCCGCAUAUUUUCUAUACCGUAAUUACCUGUCCCGCUAUCUUUCACAGCCGCAGUAUUUACCUCCAUAGCAAUGUACGCUAUACUUUGCCAGUCUUAAUGUCCGGAGCUACAUUUAUAGUAGUCAUUUAGAAAGUAUUCCUAUUUUCAUGGAUGUCCCUGGCCAUCCGUGCCAGAAGACUUAUAUCUCAUGUCUCAGAAGCCUGUUCACCGACUGGAUUAGGAGAUAUAUUCACCCCAGAACCAGUAUGUCCCAUAACCCUGUCAUCGAACGCGCUUCCAGCACAGAACAACAGAACUAACAGAACAGCAGGUCCGUGGCUCCACUGUAGAGCGUCGGUGGCCAAGGAACAUGAGUCCGUGGCUCAGGUACCGCAGACCUGGGUUUGGAUAAGAUCGGCUGACCACGACGAAUGAGCCAGAAAUGGCUUCCCCAGUCUCCCUUGUCCGUGUCGGUACUGUACUUUUAUCUCACUUUUUGAAUUGAGGUCCGUCCACCUUAGUGGGGACGUAAAUAGCCUAUGAUAAUUGCCGCUGUUGAUUCUGUUCUUUUACCAUCAUGUUGGUACCGAGAAAGGUAUGGAGAGUAACUGUCGGAGGUAAGCUUUAAUUCGAUAUAAAGUCACGUCACACGAGCACAUUUUUGAUUUCAAUGAACAGCACCGAUGUGAUGGUCAAAUACUUUUCCGUUAUCUAAAGUUCCUAGGAAGAUGUAGUAGUUGGAACGCAUGGAUUCUAAAGUGGCAUCGCAAUUUUCCCACUUUCUAUUUUCUGGGUCUUUUGACCUUAGAGCUGGGUUGGCAACAUACUUCGCCACUCAUCCCGCGGCUGUGGUUCUUCAGAUGUGUUUUGAGGAAGUUUUAUUCUACGUCUAUCUUUUUAUCCUACAGACGUGCUUUGGAUCUCUAUGCGAACACUGUUCAUAUCAGGAGUCUCGACGGAGUUAAGACGCGUCACAAUGAUGUUGAUUUUGUUGUCGUCCGCGAAUGUCUCGAGGGCGAAUACUCGUCGAUGGAACAUGAAUCGGUACCUGGUGUUGUGGAGUCCCUGAAGAUCAUAACUCGGCAUAAUUCUGAGCGAAUAGCUAAGUUCGCGUUCGAUUUCGCCAAACGCAACGGCCGUAAGAAGGUGACAGCCGUUCACAAAGCCAACAUUAUGUAAGACAUCGUCUUUUCCCGUUUCUUGAUGCUUUACCUCAGAACUUGUGCAGUGGCGUAGUAAGGCUGUUCGCGUGACCAUCUUGCUGUACAUUCAAGUCUAGAUGUUGCCUAACUUGUAAGGCCGCGGGUGACGAAUGGUGAAACAACCUUGCUGUGUAGUAACUACAGUGGCGUAAGUCCACUUGACAUUGUCGUGGAAGUCUCUGUGGUCGUUCUCCCCAGUGACUUCCAUUGAUACCAGCGGCCCACUGGCGCCUGUGAUUUUUCGUCUCUAUUUAUCUUUUCUCAUCUAACUUCCCUAUAGUUGAUCAUGCCACCGAAACUACUUGGCGCGCUAUAAGUCUACUAUCACAAAGCAAGGGCUGAAGUCCAUGUGAAUGGCAAGACGAGCGGAUCCCUUGAUACCUGUGCUCUGUUCCUGACCCUACCUAACCGCAUUAUCAAUUGGGUCCUUUGGCACGCAAUGGCAUGCCCUUCCUAACGGACCGAGACUAGGCUGAUAGGGUUCUGGUGCUGGCUUGCUUUGUUUGCAUAACUUCAGUGUUCUGUGUCCCAGGUAGAUGCGGGAAAACUAAAAUCGGACUCAAAAUGCAAUCCCCGCUCGACAGAAGAUAUCUGCUCACUCGAAGCAAACAGUAGAGUCUUUGAAUCCCCGCCUAGGUUCUCCUACCUUGAAUCAAACUUUCUGCCAAAUGGGCAGAAUGGAGAUGGAGUUGAUCACCAGAUCCACGAGACGCGCGCGUGUUCCCUCUAUUUUAAAGCCCUAAAACAUUCGAGAUCGAUGGGAAAUCUGUCUGUAGGCCAAGCUUUAAGUGUGUAAAGCUCCAAUUAGAACCAUUUUUACACAGGUCUCAUGCCACCAAAAUAGUGCUAUACCCGAAGUUUUUGGUCGAUAACGCUUGCUCUCUUUGGAUUCAUCCUUCCAACCUUGUUCGUGGCAAGUACCAAUUUAGUUAAGUAGGAGCACAACCAUUAACCAGCCCCCUCGGUUAUCGCUGCAUGAGAUGACUAAGCUGUGUACAUCGCCGACCUAAAGGCGGAAUCUUCCAUCAUGCCAUCGCCCACUAAUUGUGUCUAGGUGGGUAUUGGUGUAAAGAUGGCCAACUGAUGAGGCGAGUACAUGUGGUGAAAGUUGACCCCGAGCUCAUCUGUGCUCUGCGGUUUGCAGAGCUAACAUGCCAUCUGAUUCAACUUUGCUGGCCAUUCUGCUACCGGUCGACUAUAGUGGCAGCGAUGAUUUGUAAUUCUGUCGGCUUUCUUCUUAAUGUCGGCUAAGUGAAUAACGCUGAGUGCCGUCGCAAAUAUCAGUAAAGUCCCACCUUGGUCGCCGAAGUCCUCGAGUGUUCCAGUUACCAGACUAAAAGCCACAGAUAUCAACACGGACUUGUUAUCAUUGCCGGCAAGAACCGCGACAAAUCUGUCUUUCAUCGGGACCUUCAAACUGACCACAUAUCAUGACAAAGAGUGCGUUAGAUGGGGUUUAGAAACGCAGGGUGCAAUCCAAUCACGAUUUUAUGUGGAUAUCAUGUUUGCAUACCGUCUGACUGUCGCCCGUAUCUUUAUUUUCUAGCGGGUUUCACACUGAUUUUCUUGUGAAUAUGGAGAUGUCUGAUCGAGAAACGAGACUGGGACGUGAUUUUGUGAUAAAAACAGGUCUAGGUGUUUCCAAUGAUAAAAUUGGCAGUGGUGUCGCAACCGAUUCUGUGGCCUAAUCCUUCCCGACGGACAUCUGCUGGAUCGUCCCCGGCUACUGCAGUAGACAGGAAGUCGGGUGUUAAAUUUGGUGCCAAUUGGAGCAGUCUGUUGAUAGUUAGCGCACAGAUUGUGAAUGGGCAGUUGAGGACACGCUAAACCGACAUACCGUCACCGUUUAGGUCUUGAAUGCUUUCCAGGUAAUCCCUUCGCUCCGCCAUACUCGGCUUCCCAAACUACCACAUUAUUUGUUCUCCUAUAUUCUGCCGAAAAUUACCUUUCCACAAAAUACGCAGCAGUGUUGGACAGGGGAUUGCAAUUAGUUUUGACGAUGGAUAGGGGUAGUAGAGCACGAGGGAAAUAACUGUUGUUUUUUAUUCAAGGUUUCUUAUUGAGCCCAUCGUGACAAAUAUGGGUGGGGGCAAUGGAACUGCCUUCUUGGCGGUCUCCACCUAGGGUGGGCUGACGGCCUAUUUUCUGAUCGGUGGAGUGUUCGGUGCAAUCCCGAGAAAAGUUGUUGGUGAGCUUUGAUGAUUGAUUCGGUGUGCGGCCGUUAACGGUUUCGUGGAUUUCAUACCUACUGACUUUUGUAGUUAACAGCGAGAUCUUAAGUUGACGCUUUUGUGGCGACAACCCGAAGCCCACCAGGCCUUAGACUGUUAUUAUUAUUAUUAUUAUUCAUAUUAUCAAUAUACUCACUCGCCGACUUGCCACCCUUCCGGUUUGGUUCGGGUUAAACGGUGUUCGAAAUGUCCACCAAUCAUCCCAUAGCGUCCACGAUGACUGCGGAGACAAAAUACCCCACUGGUGAACAAUCUACAUGUUUUGUGACCAGCGGACUGGCAGGUAUACUUAUAGCACAGUUUUGUUGGUAUCAUACUCGCCCGUCUUCGGCUCUCGGAGAAAAUAUUUCUGAGAAGUAAACGGUAGUAAUCUGCGGUAUGAAAAGUUUUGGACACUGGUAAAUCCGACACUACUAGGAAUUGAAGGGAAGGAACUAGUUUAGAGGGUCGAUUUUCGAGGGAGAGGGCAUAUCUAUCCGACGUUUCGGACUAACACGUCCUGGUAGUUGCAGGGUCCUAACGCCCGGGAGUGGACUCAGUUAACCGUCCUUCGGACCUCCCACCAACAUGCUAGGCCUUACUCACCACUGUCUAGUGAACGCAGUCCAGAACUAAGAUGGAGCGGCUUCCACUGCAAAGCAGCACAGAGCCACGUCCAACCAGAAAAGACCGGACCAGGGGUCAGUGCAAACCGGCCCGCCUGUGCACGAGAGGUCUACCACACAGAUCGGACAUAUUUCAUGAAGUUUCUUGGGAAUUUUGAAUACUGGCGGGUCUCUAACAGCCGCUCGGAUUGGUUGUCCGAUGUCUCCUCUAGCGCUUUGGCUUAAAAGCCUAACCACAAGGCAGCGGUAGCAAGCAAACUUAUUUGAUGGCGGUUUACGGUCGCCAUGUCACAAUGCUGUCAUUGGGCCUUGCGGCUUUUUAUAAGGCUUUGAGCGUGCCAGAUCUCAGCCCACCGCAGCCUGGUAGCAAUGUCGCUGCUGGUCCGCGACUGCCUAUUCGUCAGACCUGGGUCUGCUUAUUUCGCAGCUAACCCUUACUGAAGGUCGUCCCACUGUCCGCCACCUGUGGACGCGCCGGAUAGCCAGCAGCUAGGCUAGGGGGUCAGUUCAAAACCCAGCUCGACACAGUUCAUCAAGACAUGGAGGUGGUUCUUGGACCUUCGGUAUUCGGUCUCCGUCGUUGGCGAAGGGAAUGGGUUGAGUUGUCCAACUCUGCUGCCGCAGAUCGUCACGCGUGGAGAGGCACAGUUCGUCACAUUAUCGAGACCGGCUAGAUCAGGCAUGGUCGCAGCCGUGUCAAGUACGAGUACCACACAGACACCGACUCGCUCUACCACCCUACUGGGCUGCCAGCUGCGUACUUGCGCGCCAUCUCAGUGGACAGGCUGCCUCCAUUCUCCACUCAUCAGGCUAUGAACAGCCACUUUCAGCGUGGGUGGACCAAAUCGCUACAAAUGGACAAAUGUUUUUCUCUGAUAGUAGACUCCAUAAUGAAGCGUUAGAAAAUGUUGCCAAGGCUUGGCAACGACUACCACAGCCCCAGUCUCAUCCAUCAUUGCUAACAUUAAGGUCGCCCCGCCUUCACAUGUCGAGUAAGAGUCUGUUAUAGCGAAUAUAGCAAUGGGCGCGUCUUAGCUGCUACAAUCAAAACCAUGUCCAUCAGGAUACGUCAGGAGACACCACUUAUUUUGCGCAUAGCAAUUCGGAUUGCUGUCUCUCGGGCAGCAGUGUCCGCUGGCACAAUAAAGAGCGCAUGUCAACAUUUUCAGGUUACGCUUGCCUUUACGACUCACCGCCUUCUCGGUGUGUGGAAGGCAGGUUCUAGUCCUCAUGUCUAACUGGGCGUUCUUGUUCGUCCGAGGCAGUCAGUCGCCACGGCUGUAAACGUGCCUGUCUGCCAGGUCGGCACGUCAGGGAUGAUGUGAAGUUACGUUGUAGCAGGAGCACUUUAAACCGGGAUCAGUGACCUUGAGGUGGUCCAUGCGUGCAAGUGCUGAUCCCUGUGACAAAGCAGCGGGAUGGAUGCGUGGUGGCAACGCUGAGGCAGGGAAUCCGAACUGAAGAAAGGCGUCUCGCGAAUCACUUAAGGGAAUUGGCUGAACCCAACCGACAUUUGCACUGUCUGUUUCGCAGUGAAUUUCUAACUGGAAAAACGGUUCACAAAUCCUUGUCACAGUUUCCCAUUCAUAUUUUUUGCCUUUUCAAUACUUUAGGAAACUUGCGGACGGACUCUUCCUGGACACCUGUUUCAAUGUUUCGAAGCUAUAUCCGGGAAUCCAGUUCGAGUCGAUGAUUGUGGACAACUGUUGUAUGCAACUGGUCAACCAACCCACGCAGUUUGAUGUGAUGGUUAUGCCCAAUCUCUAUGGAUCAAUCAUUGAGAAUCUGGGCGCCGGCCUCAUCGGUGGGGCCGGACUCGUGCCGGGCGUCCUUUUCAGUCACGAUGUAAGUCUUGGAGUCCCCCUCAUCUGCCCAGUAAAGCCUCCGAAACCACCGUCGCCCCCCGUGGAACAACACCAACUCUUUUUGAGACCGACAUUUCUAAGAGAAGCGAAGAGGCCAUUUCCAGGAAGUAGCCGCGAAAAGGGGGCACGAUCGCUGGAACAAGAGCUUUAUUGGCCCGGCGUUUCGGAUUCUCACUCGAAUCCAUCACCAUGGACAGGGUCAGAUAAGGGUGGUGGAUUCGAUUGUCCAGUUAUUGCAGUAUUUAUAAGAUGUAGUUUCUAGGCCACUACGUGCCUAUCACAAUGGACAUCUCCCGAGUGCAUCACGGUCCGACUGACCAGAUUUUGCGGUAUGCCGUUGCUAUGCGCCUGCGUGUCGGUCAAAAUUAUCGACUCCAAGACUCAUCGCACGCUUUAGAGUUGCCAACUGCCGUGUUUCGUCAUCCAUGUGGACUCUUGGGCAAUUUGACUCGCUGACAUUAACACCGGAAACGGUGGUCAUCCGCUCGCUCUCUGCGUGGCUAACUACUUUGCCUAGGCCAAGUCUCAGCACCAAAUAUGGAGAGGGGAGGUAGUUACGAUUAUAGACCUGGCUGCCAAAAUCCCCGUGAAUAACGUCAACUGUUUUCGAAACCGAUAACAUAGACACUGCCUUGAGUGCCAUUGAAGUAUAUUUGCUACUCACAAGACUUCUAAAAGUAGCCAAAUCACUUUGCUGGCUGUUCACGGUAAGUGAUUUAGCUUGCGACGAAGGGCUUAAUGCUCAUCUGCCCAGUAUGCUUGCAGUGAGUAGCCCUAUAAUCCCCUACUGCCUGCCGCCGAUUAUAACCAUCACACUUUGUGUCAUGUAGGGGUGAAUAGUUUAGAUGUUUGACCGUUAAUAUGAGCGUCAUGGGAUAAAAUUUGAUCGUACUAACGGUACCUGAAACACCUCCACUUCAUCGUGUUGGCAAGUAUUGACCACCUGCACACAUAUGAGUCCGAAAUAAUUUUAAGAACGUACAACAGAGUUGUCGAGAAACAGUACCGGGAAAGACGAUGAACGCCGGAGCAGCCGCUUUUAGCUUUUGGCUCGUUAUCAUCCGGUGACACCCUAACACCCAGCUGAGCGCCAAAGAUUUGAGCUCGGGCCAGUUAGCUAUUAAUCAUUUGAUGUCGAACUUCAUUUGAGCUGCGGGCCCGCAUGCUCUCAGUCGAGAAUACUCAGAGUCAACUGAGAGCGGCGUCCAACCCAUCUUUCUUGCAGAACCGAAAUUUUGCUGCCGGCAAUGCGGUCCUAGGUCCAGACUCACUGCUUCUGCAUCGUCAAGAAUCUUCAGGCAGAGUUAUGUAUUUACGGCAAAUCAGCACGUUUGUCCCUUGAAAUAAUUUUAAAAUCCACUGGUCACCUCAUCUUUCCACGGGGAACGUCAAGUAUGUGUAACCUAGAGCUGUAAGAGAAAAUGGAAUUUCUGCAUUCCGUCGUGUAGCCACAACAUAUCUGCGAGCACACAGUCGUGGGCACUCCUGACCGAAGCUGUAGCCCGUGGAUCAGCGGCGCACUGCUACUGCACUGCUCAGGUCGCCGUGCCUGCUUCACCUUGCCGUGGAGCACACGGUGGACAUCUUCGGGCACGAAGGCCGUACUGUCGAGUCUAGUACCGGUGACGCCAGCAUGAAUUAUUUCAUAGUUGGACGGACUUGCGCAGCGCCCUCCUCGCCCACCCGCUUCUGGGGGCAGUUGGGACGACUGAGAGCGGGCUCAGAUGCAGUGGCGGACAAGACCAAGCAGUCCGUCUGCGCGUGCCACGCACGACCUGGCCUCCACCGCAUGCGUCAGUCUUCUGUAAAGGCGACUUGAAUCUCACGUGAGUGUCAUAUAGACCCAAUUCAGAAGAAAAUAUUGAGUCUUAGUCAGUCCGCCAGCCAGUCACCGCCGUAUACAGUUGUGAAUCCACGGACUUAUUUACUCCGCCCGUUGUUAGCCUUCUAAGUCACAACCUUUAGCGCAUCGUGAUAAGUUCAAGCACGUCAGGUCUGUGAUAGUUAGGAAUGCGCUGAUGUGACGUAAGAAUGAAUUCACCUGUGUCGGCCUUACUCCCUCUCCCGUGAACCAGUGUACCACUAAACGUCAUGUCACCUGACCGACAUCGUCUUAACAUCUCGUUCGAACAGUUGUUAUGUUACUGCCUGUAUUUCAGUAACGUUUGUUUUUUAUUAUUGUCCCAUGCAUUCAAUUCGUCUCCCUCAGAAACUGAGAUAGCACCAAUUAUCCAUAGACAGCACAGUUGGUAACGUUAGUGUUUUUAACACUUUGAACAAUUUGUUUAUCUGUCUGGUUUCGAAAACAAUGCCAAUCUGAAGAAACUCUGUAGCAGGUUGAUGUUUCCAUUUUCAAAUUUUUUGAUAUAGUUCGCUUCCUUGUGACGAAUAGGGAGUUCAAAGGUUCAACACCCAUAUUUCCCUCAAAUAAACUGAAACCAGUCCACUGUCUUAGCCUGUCAGCCAUCUGGGCACAGUGACUGGCGCGACGUGAAGCCUGCGCUUGGGCGUGCCACAGAGUCCUCCGCACAUGCGACAGUAGUUAUGGUUUACGCGGAUUUGGCGCGGCCUGAUUACCACGUGCCAAUGAGUCUCAUUUUGGUCUAGCACAUCCAUAGCGUGGCCCGUUGUUGGGGGGGGCAGUAGAAGGAUCGAGAACAGCCUGGAUAGCGUUAUUUGUUUUGGCUGUUUUCUUUGACUUGCACUCUAGAAAUUUCGGUGAGAUUCGCUUGCCCUUUGGGUUUCUUAGUCUUUUAAUUUUGGUGUGUUUGACAAUCGUUAGGGUGAUUCUGCAAAACUUCACUCCGAACUGCCCGAUCUGAAUUAACUUCCAGGGUCUGCUUGGUCUGAUUGGGAUGUGCCUAAAUGAGCGGCUUUCGAUCACAAGUGACCUUCUUUAAUUUCCUCUUCACUCAUGUGAAUUUGUCUGCCCACUUUUGUCACCGAACUGUCAUCAGGGUUUUACAAUUGGACGGUCAUUACCAAUAAUUUUUUUAAAAAAUAUGCUCGCCAAUGCUGAAAAAAGUUAUAUACUCUGUUAUACUGCAGACCGGGUAACUCCAGUGUUUGGAGUUCCUGAGAUAACCCGUGACUGAGGAUGUUUGUGCUAGUCAACAUUACUCAUUGACUGUCCCCUCUUGCUCUUUUCGACGCUGUUCUGGCCGGUGCUGCUUUUUAUCUCGUCUUCCUCGUUCCGUCUAGGUGGCAGUUUUCCAGCCGGGCACCGCACACGCCUUUUCUCAGGCCAGUGGCCGAAACACUGCCAACCCGACAGCGGCAAUUCUGGCCGCAACUAAUCUCCUGCGUCAUAUCAACCUCGAAGUAUACGGCGAUCGUCUGGAGCGGGCGCUCUUGCGUGUCCUCAAGGCGGGUAGAGUCCUUACCACAGACGUUGGCGGUCGUUGUACUACAACCGAGUUCACGAAAGCUGUGCUGAUGGAGAUGUGCGCCUAG